UUUGAUUUUGCCCUUUGAAUACGGACUUUCCGUUUUGAAUUUUCCUCAGAGUUCGGUAUUUUUGUUAAUUCACUUUUUUCUUGAUAAUGACCUGUUGCCUUAACAGAUUAUUGUUUAUGUGUUUAGUUUCUGAGAAAGGGGUGGACGUGGUUUUCUGUAUUGUUUCUUUAUUGUAUAACAUAUGAAAUCGGUGAAGUUUAAUCAUAACUUCCAUAGAUUUCUCCUUUACUAGCUAUGAACACUUUUUAAUAUUUUUUUUGUAGAUACAAGAUUCGUGGAAGAAAAAAGUAUCAACAAUAGAAUAUUGCAGUCAAUUGUCAAAGAGUUGCAUCAAGAUAAAGAAAAACCAAAGCAUGACAUGUUGGAGAUAUUUUCAUCAGAUCAGAUAUCAACAGAUGAUAAUAAGGGCACAAUCACCAAAAAUAUUGAACAUGACGAAGAACCUCAACCCAAACAUGCCAAAAUGAAUUAUCAGUUUGCUUAUCCGGAGAUUACAGAACCGCCGAUUUCUAAACUGGCAAAGGAUGAGCUGUUAAGUAUAAUCGGAUCUACUGUAGACUUACAAGACGAAGACGGCUUUGCAAAUUUAACAGUGUGGGAUUUCGCUGGUGACAUUGAGUAUUACAACACACAUCAAACGUUUUUGAAUUCAGAAGCAAUUUUUCUUGUCGUAGCAAAUUUACAUGACAUAGAUGACACAGAAUCCUACGGCACAUUCAAUUUCUGGAUGGAUACAAUACAUUGUUAUGGAAGCAUAAACAACAAAACGGAAGCUGUAUUGCUCGAAGGAGCUCACAACCUUCUAGAUCCACCAGUUAUUGCAAUUGGUACACACAAGGACAAAUUUCAGGACGAAGAACAAUGCAGAAAACGUCUCGAAUCCUACACUGAUAAAAUAUUUAAAGAUUCCAAGCUUCACCUGAGAUCAAUUCACCUGAUCUCCAACACAGAGGAUGUGGAAGAUGCUUUUGAAAAAUUGAGGAAUGAUAUAUUUGCCACAGCAAAGAGUACUGCAAAUUGGAAUCGAGAAUAUCCUGUUAAAUUUAUUCAGAUGGAAAAAGCCAUCAACUCUGAACUUACGAUCGGAAAACAAAUAAUUUCUUUUGAAAGAUUAAAAGAACUAGGUGAGAAAAUACCACUUCCGAUAACUGAUAACAAGGAGCUUCAUCUCUUUCUCAGGUAUCAACAUGAAAUUGGUAACGUGAUAUUUUUUGAAGACAUUCCGUCAUACAUCAUACUUGAUCCCCAAUGGUUAGCAAAUGCCUUUAAAUGCAUUGUUACAGCCCAGCAGUUUCAAUUUGAAUUACCACACUUACAAUGGGACAACUUCAAGAAAACAGGAAAGAUGGAUGCUAAACUAUUGGAAGAAAUAUUCAAGAAACAAUCAGCAGACAUGAGAAUUCAUAAAGAGCAUAUACUGGAAGUAAUUGAAAAGUUUGACAUUAUCAUCUAUCCAUUGCUACUGACGGAAAGUGGAAAUGUACAAAGGGAGCAUAGUUUUUAUGUUCCAUGCAUGCUUCAAACAUUAAAAAUUAAGGAUAUUGAUGCAUUGUUUAACGUCCCAAAUGCUAGCAAAUCUACAUGUUUGUGUUUUGUCUUUAGUUUUUUACCGCCGUAUCUAAUCAGCAAUCUGAUUGUCUCUUGUCUACGAGAAUAUCCUCUAGCAGUGGUAAAGGGCGAGAUAGGUCUCUUCAAGGAUUGUUGUGUAUUCAAUAUUGGCAGAACUGGCUGUGCAAAAUUUGUAUUAGCAAAGAGUAGCCAUAUGAUUCAGCUGCAAGUAUGGCAAUGGGAUGAAGUAGAUACAGAGAUUAACCAAGCUGUUUUAAAAGUUGUCGAAAGAGAAAUCAACAGAAUUGUCAACACGCGAUACAAGUUGAAAACAGUAUCUUUCAAGAAAAAAUGGAAGUGUGAGACCACCAGUUUCUCCUUUGACACAGGAUUCCGUGAAUUUGAUCAAGUAAAUGAUGGGGAAAAUUAUUAUUGCGAAGAACAUGCGACAGUUCAUAAAUAUAAAGACUAUUGGUCUGGUGAAAAAUCAAAGGCUCCCGUUAGAUUAAGUAGUGAGGAACAGAAUUACGUCAGAAUGUCAAAGAUAGUUCUAGAGGUAUUAUCAGGCGUUUUAUACGAUCGCUUAUUCUUAGAUACAAAGACUGGAGAAAUACUUGAUCGUAAAAAGUUGGACAUAACAGAAAUGUGUAAGAAAUAUUGUGCUUUAAAAAUAAACUUUCCAAGUCAAGGCUUUAGGAAUAUAGGAAAGGUUGACGAGAUUUCUACCAAUGAAACUACUAUUGGUGACGACAUUCAACGGAUACGUGUGAUCAGAAAUGAAAUGCAGCAUUCUUCUGUCUUUGCAUUAGAUGACACACGAUACGAAACACUAAUCAAAAUAGUUCAUGCUAUGCUAACUAGAUUUGAUCAGCGUAACAAUCCAGCAGGUGAAUCCUACGUAAAACGAUUCGACGAAAUCAUAAAAAUGGAAUUAGAGACAAGGAGUUUUGAAGAGAUAAAAGAACGAAUGAAAGCAGAAUUGAUGGAAAAGAUUCAUGCAGUUUUUCGAUAGUGUGGUAUCUGAUGCUUUGAACGAUAUUUGUUAACUCAUUUUUGUAUUCACCAUUUGCGGUCAAUAGGAUAAAUAUUGAAUAUGUGAAAAAUUGGCAUAUUAGAAAAAUGUAAUGAACUACUCAAACUAUAAUUUACUAAUUAAAUUGACAAAAAAGUCAAUGGUAAACAAUAAAUAUAAUCAAGAAGAUGUGGUUUGAACACUGUCCAUUCGAGUCCCAAUGUAAUAACAGUUAACUAUAGGUCAAAGUACGAAGCCUCGGCGCACACCAAUCAGCAAACUAUAAAUUCUAGUGUAAAACCAUUCAUACAGGACGACUGAGGACUUGUAACAGAGAAACACAUAUGAACCAAACCAACAAACCAUAUCCAUCGAACAAUAGGUUACUGACUUAGGACAAGCGCAUACAAAUGCAGAAUGUGUUUGAUAUAUUAUAACUAGUAUUUCAAGUUAAAACAUAGUUGACCAGACACUAUAUAAACGGGGUCGUUUAUGGCAUUAACCGAUUCUGAUUUUAUCGCUUACGGUCAAAAG